AUGCACAACCGCGACGUGCACAUCAGCUACGCCGCGUUCAACGGUCUCGGCCGCACGGACAAGAGCUUCACGCUCACCGAUCCGCAGGUCGAUAGCGACUGGAACCUCGUCGAUGGAACCGGCGACAAUCCGCGAGCGCGGUACGCGGUCCACUUCCACCGCAACGGCGUCACGUCCACGACUCCGCCAUCAACCGUGGUCGGCAGUGUUGUGAAUGGCGUAGGCGACGAGAUUGGCUCGUUCGAUAGCAAUAUCGCCCUCCACACCACGGGCACGACAGAGGACGUCCAUAGCCGGGUCUACCGUCAAGACUUCGGCUUCAACGGCGACGGUUUCUGGUUACAUAGUGCGGCCCUGACGGUCACCAACAAUGUCGUAUCCGGGUCGACCGGAAGCGCGUUCUUCUACUACACCCGUGGUCUGCGUUUCGGAGGGGUCGAGACCCCGUUCCUUGCCGAGAAUCUGGAUGACCCUUCGCUCGCUGGCGGCGAUUCGACGCUACCUGCGAUGAGCGUGCCGAUCAAGCAGUUCGAGAACAACGUGGGCUACUCGUCGAAGGUCGGCCUCACCUUCCGGUACAACCUGUGGCGUUCGGAGCAUGGGGCAAGAAGCGUCCUUAGCGAUUCGACGUUCUGGAACAACACCACCGGCGUCUCGCUUCCGUACGCCAACCGGACGAUCCUGCGUGACUUCACGGUGAUUAUCGAUCCAACGGCCAGCACCACUUUUGGCGUCGAGGGCAACGGAGAUACGCAGGAUAUCUACUACGACAACUUGCGCGUCGAAGGCUACCGCCUUGGGCUCUACCUCCCUCAGAGAGGCGUGAACGUCGUCGACGGCGGGCGUUUCAUCAGUCGAUCGAUGAACAUCGUGGCGUACCCCGCCGUCAUCCCAGAGGGGUUGCAGGUGCUGAUCACCGGCGACAUCCACUUCGGAAGUGUGGGCGACUCGCGCGCGAAAGACGUAGCGGCGAUUUUCCGAACGCAGAACGUUACCGGCGAUCCCCUCGUCGUCUUCCACCCGGUGGCGUUGACGCUGCAGUACGGUCCCUACUCGAACCAUCGGCUCUACUUCCCGGUCCAACGAGCCGACGCCGUUCCGUUCCCCGAACCGUUGCAGGGGGUCCCGUCGGCAUACGUUGGGCUGACCCAACAACAACUCUACGACACCUUCGGAUUGGCGGUUGGUGGAGAGAUCGCGCCUGAGGACGCCAUCUCGACCUCUGAUACAGCGGGCCUGGUUUCAGCGAGCGGCAGGCGCGCCUUCCGAGCCCCGCAGCGAGCCUCAUGA